UAAAUCCGUGUCAGUGUGGUCUUUAAUUUCUACAAAUGCUUAUGUGGUUAGCAGUUGACAUAACGGUUGUAUAAUGAUGCAUUUCGAUAAUGUUUUACACUUAUUUUUGGUUGUUCUUGGGAUAACAGUGCUCAGAGCAGAAAUCGAUGGCUCCCAAGGAAACAAAUGCUCCAUGGAUGGGAUUUUUCCCGACCGAACCGAUUGCUCAAGAUUUUACAUGUGUUCCGCAGGAAAGAAAACAGUCUUCCAGUGUCCAGGGCAGCUAAGAUUCAACCCUAAUCUACUUGUUUGCGACUGGCCAGUUAAUGUGGUUUGUCUGAAAGAUAUUCCAACUAAAAGGACAAGUUUGGAACCUAGAAUUAGCGGUAACAGGGCUAGUACUAAAAGUGAUACGCAGUAUGUUGCUACCACUGAAGAAGUAACAUCACGUACUGCGCAUGUGUCGACCGAUCCACAUACUGUCUCAGUUGCAGGAAAAGAUGAAUCAGUAUAUAGCGAUGUCAAAGGUGCAAAUAUAGAACAUGUUACAGAUGCCACUCAUACUACUUCAAUAAAUAAAGACAAAAUAUCGAUUUAUAAAACAAAAGCAACACCAGCAACUACUGGAAAAGAUGAAAUUGUUGACAGAGAUAGUGAACACUCAAGAACCACGCCAUCUGUUGACAAUGGCACCAGUUUAGAACAUGUCAGUACAAGAGAGACAACAUUACUCGUAUCUACUGAGUACGCUACAGCUAUUCCUCCAAUUGGCUUAAAAACCGCUGCAAUAAAAGACGAAUCAAAUUAUGUUACACAUGUAGGUACUUCGGUUGUUACUCCAAUUGAGACUAUCACCUCAACCAUAGAAGAAAACACAUCAACCGAUGGCAUAGCUUCCAAUGUAGGAAAUGUGACUGGGAAAGCUAGUGUUACUACGGUCAAACAAUCAGCAAUUACCACUGGGGAAAAUAAAGCCGUUGGUCAAGAUAUUGCAUACUUCAGUACCGCAUCACUUGCUGAUAGUGGUAGUACUUCAAAAUUCGUAGGUACGGAACAAGUUACUCUAGCGACUGAGUAUGCUGCGAAUAUACCCCAUACUAGUUUUAAAAGUAGUGAAGGCAAAGAAAAACCAGUAACAAGUUAUAUAUCACAAACAAAUGAAGGUGUUACGGUUGCCAUUCAUAGUGAGACUACAACUACUCCAGUCAAAGAAGAGGAAACAUCAACACAUGGCCUACCGCCCAGCACUGAAGAAACUGAUAACACUGCGACCGAAGAAACUGCAACUCCCAGAACAAAAAACGUAGCAACAAAUGAAGGUGACAUGACUGCAACACCUGCUGAUAGCACUACAGAACAAGCAGUUAGUACUGGAAAAUCAACAUUAUCGACUGAGAAUAUUACGAUUGUUCCUCAUACUGACUUUAAAACUACCGCAGUAAAAGAGGAAACAGUAUUAAAUUACAUUGCAAGCACAAAUAUAGGCAAUUUUAUAGUUACAACAACUUCGACUAAAAGAGAGGAAACUACGACUAAUGAUCCGAUCCAAAACAUAGGAGCAACUGCAACAACCAAUCUAUAUGAUGGAGCUGAUGGUGAAAAUGUCAAUACCGCAACUUAUGCGGAAACUAGCAACUUUACAGAUCAUGUUACUACUGAACAGGCAACAUUAGCUACUGACCCUACGACUGUUCCUCAUAUUAGCUUAAUAACUACUGCUACCAAAGAAGCGCCAGCGUCAAAUGGUGUGUCUGUUACGCUUGUCAAUCAAAGUGAGGACACAAACAAUUCAGACAAAGAAGAGACCUCAAAUGAUGGAAUAACUAAUACUGGAAUCACCACUAGAGAAACUAGUACCAUUGCGAUUGAAUCGAACAAGUCUUCUACACCAUAUGCAACAACUGACAAAAAUAGUGGAUAUUCUUAUACUACAUUAUCUCAAGGUACCGGAACUACAGAACACGAAGUUAUAACUAAACAUGCAUCUUUAACGACUGAGUAUAUUAUAACUCCUCCCCAUUUUGACCUUUCAACUACUGUAAGAACAAAGGAAUCAGUAUCAAGCGACAGUACAAUCACAGAUGCUGAAGACGUUAAGGUUGACACUUAUAUUACUGCUACAACAACUUCGUUCGAAGAAGAGCCUUUGGCUGAUACACUAACUUCUGAUGUUGAAAAUAUAGAAGACGUUUUUUAUGUCGGAAGAAAAAAAAAUAAUGCCGAAUUUGUGUCAACUGAUAUCAGAAGUACAAGUGUGGAAGAUGUUACGGUUACCACUCAUAGUGAGGAUGCAACUACACCAGCACAGAACGUAGUUACUACAGUUUUCCUUCAUACUGACUCUAUUACUACUACAGUAACAGAGAAUCCAGUAACAAAUGACGUUAUAAGUACAACUGUAAAUAAUUUUACAAUGCAUACUGAUACUACAAACACUCCUUUGGCCAAAAAGGAAUAUGCUCUAGGAUCUAAUGAUGAAACCAUUGCUGAUGAAGCUACCAACUCUAUGAUUGACGAAGUUAUCGAGCGUUUCAAUAACGUUGAAACAACUUCCAUGUCUCUAGAAGUAAGGUUACAUGAUAAACCAGGAGACACAACAGACUUUCCGUCUCAUACUGAAAAUGCUCUAAUUGAUGCAAAUGAAAUAAUGACAGCAGAUAUGGAUAGGUCACACGAAGACAAAGUCCUCACAGUAACAAAAAGUGUGAAGAUGGAAUACAUCGACACUAAUAUUGAUGUUAUAUCUGGCGAUAAAAUGUUAAGCAAAGCUAACAAACAUACUGAUGCCACCUAUGAAAAUGUCGCAGCUUUUAAAGGUGAUUCCAAAACUGGAAUAGUGACUAAAAUUCCCACUGAUGAUUCAGAAAUCAUUGUAAAAGACAACAAAACCUUUAUCAAACGCCUAGCAUCCACAACCAAAUCAAUCGCCAUCGUUAGCCCAGUACAAAACAAAGACAUUUCCUUAGAUGAUGGAAGAGAAUUAAGCACAUCGGCAGGAACAGAAAAAUAUGUGGACACUACUUACAAUACCGUAUCCCCUGACAAUACCAUUACCCAUAAAAUGACACAUUCACAUCUUCCUCAAGAUAUGACAAAUAUAUUUGACUCAUCAGCAUCAAAUGAAGUCGUUCAGCAGGCGAAGGCAAUCUCGAUCGAAGAAGAAAUAGAAGCUGCAUUAGGGAACCUAGAUGCUUCUGGAGAUGCUGUUAUACAAGGUACGAUUGCAACUGAGAAUACCUCUACAGUUAUAGAAAAGGCACCAAACGAGGAGGGCUCUGAACAAGAAGAGGUCGUAACCACGAAAAAGUACACCUCACUAGUUACUGAAGAGGCUCCUUCACAAACAUCUGCUUCGAAAAACAAAGACGUGAUGGAAGAUAUAGCCAUUAAUGAAACGGAUUCAAAUAGAGUAAAAGCAAAUGAGGAGAGAACAGAAAAACUUGUGGUUGAGGAAAACACUGCUAAAAACACUGAAAGGAAAGCUUUUAAAAAAGAAGAGGAAACUAUGACGAAGGAGAUUGAUUUAGAGCUUGUUGAGGAAAGUUUGGAGCACUUCUCUUCUUCAAGCGUGAAUACAAUGAUUGAUGAAAGUGGAUCGUCUAUGACAGAAAAUACAGACAAAGAUGGAGAUAAUGAAGAACAGGGUACUGUGGAUAAAGCAGAUAAAGGCGGCGUUGUAAUUAAAGAAAAAUUUGUUGCAUUUAACGAAUCUGGAAAAGUAAUUAUCGAUCAAGGCGAUUCAGACGAUUCGACAGUAACAGAAGGUAUUGUAAGAGAAUUAUCUGCUCCAGUUGCAGACAAAACAGUUGAUAGACAAAAUUUAGACAGUGUAAGUAAUAUACAUGAAGAUGAAGUUAUCAUUGAUAAACAAGAAAUCGUUGAAGAAAACAAAAUAUUAACAUCUCAGGAAGAAUCAGAGAGCGAUUCAAAAGUAAAUGAAGUUUACGAAAGCAGUGACAACGAAGCCGAUCGACAGAAAUUAAUUAAUGUCAAUCAUGCCGCAAUGUCUAAAAAUCCAGAUAUAGUAGAAAGUACCAUCAAAACAGGGGAAGUGAAGAAAGUUAACACCCUAGAGGAAAAGAGAUCUGGAGAUGGUAAUGUGGACACUUUAGAUAUAGUGGGAAAGAUAACAAGUGUUUCCGAAGGUAAUCACUAUGAUGAUGAUGCAGUCGAAGGGUCAAGCUCUCAAAAAUCGGUAGCUUUAGGCAAAGAAAAGAAAAUAGUGCAUGGUAAUAUAGAAGAGAUAGCUGAAAAAACAAAGCUAGAGCAAACUGUAGUUGUAACAGAAUUGCCUAUCGCUCCGAAUAGUAUAACUGAACAUGGAGAGAGUCUUUAUGAUGAAAUAUCUAGUCUAACUGGAACUAUCUUGAAUGAUAAGGCUGAUGAAAUAAGUACUAUAUUAGGUAAAGGCUCCAAAAGUGAUGUACCCGUAACUACGGAAAAUAAAUUUAGUUCUCAAGAAAUUCCAACAGUAGUUGACAGAGAAAGAGCAAGUAUUUCAAAGCAAAUUAUUAAAAAUGAUAUGCAAGAUAACAAUGAAGCUAAGGUAACCUUAAAGGUACAGAAAUCUGUAGAGACAUACACAAUUGUUGAUGAAAUUGCUGAAUUAGAAAAUCCCCAGAGAGACGUAUCAGCUACCAUGUCAAACAUAAGCAAGGAACAAUCAGAUAAUGCAAUAGAUAAAAGGUGGUCACUAGUUCAUAGGAACUCUACAAAUCCUAGUGACACAAUCCCUGAGAGUGAUAAUGGUGAUAUUAACAUAGGAACAGACAAGUCUGAUAAUGAGCUCAAAGUAGCCGAUGUAGAAAAAUCUACUAAGUUAAAAAAAACUGUUAAGGUAGGAGUAGCAGAAACAAAUAAACGUGUAUUUUAUGAUGAUAAAUAUCCAGAAAUAGACAUAACUGAUGUAAUUGAGAAGCAAUCAGAAACAAAAAAUAUAAAGCAACAACUUAAUGAAAACCCGACAGAUACUAUUAGAACUAGCUUUGAGAAAGAAGCGCCAAAAAAUGUAGAAGACAUAGAGAGCAUAGAAACUAUAUUAUCUAAGCCAGAAGACGUUCUCACAAUAGCUGAUGGAAAAAACUCAAAGCUACUUACUACCAUUAACACUAAGAAUAACGCAGAAUCAGAAACAAUAGAAUCAGUUUUUGAAGACAAUUUGAAUGAUAUCAGCGCAGUAGGUUCAAGAAGAAAGUCAGGAGAUUCAAAUGUUGGUGGAAUACUUAAUGUGGAAGAAGUUAAAACAGAUAAAAUUGUCGACGAGAUAUUGGAUUCUACUGGUAACGCAAGAAUCGUUAACGAAGAUGUACUGAAUGGCACGAAACAUCAAGCGGCAAUACAAGAUUCUGUGAGCAUCGAUUCUACAGAAAGUAGAAAAUUUAAUAUACAAGAUAUAAGAGAUAUAGUUUCUAUAAGAUCAGGAAAUACCGCUUCUGAGGAAACAACUAUAAGAAAUAAAAUCUAUACAGACAGUAACGUUGAGAUUUCUGAAGAAAGCCCACUUGUAAUGGAUGUUGUCGAAUACGCUAAAUCUUUAAAUGUAGAAAAGGUACAACCUCAGAAAGCGGAAAAUAUUUUACCAGACACUGUUGCAUCUACUGAUCAAUAUGAGGAAAAAGACAUUGUUGUGGUAAACGGUUUUGUUGAAAAAAAUAAGGAUGAAACUGCGAAUGUGACAGGUAAAUAUUUUGAGAAUGUCCAGAAAGGCAAAUUAGAUAAAAUUAGUGGGGAAAUUUUUAGGGAAAAUAUGGAGAAUGCAAAAGUUAACACACUAGCUGAUAACAUCGUACAGAUUGCUGAAAAGGUGAAAAAGAAUCAAACGGUUGAAACAAAUGCACAUAUUACUAAUAUUACUCCAGUUAAAAAGGCAUACCCGCUACCAUCAUCCACGAAGAACUGGAGAAUUCUGAAAAUGUACGAAUAUUUGAAACUGAAGACCCAGUAA